CAACUACACUUGAAAACUAUACUCCCAACCACCAUGGACGAAGAUGAAGCUCCCGCCGUAGUUAUCGACAAUGGAUCUGGAAUGAACAAGGCCGGCUUUGCCGGAGAUGACGCUCCCCGAGCUGUCUUUCCCUCUGUGGUCGGACGACCCAGACAUCAGGGUGUGAUGGUCGGUAUGGGAAACAAGGACUCUUACGUCGGAGAUGAAGCCCAAAGCAAGAGAGGUAUCCUCACCUUGAAGUACCCCAUCGAGCACGGAAUCGUCACCAACUGGGAUGAUAUGGAGAAGAUCUGGCAUCACACCUUCUACAACGAGCUCCGUGUAGCCCCCGAGGAGCAUCCUGCAAUGCUCACUGAAGCUCCCCUCAACCCAAAGGCCAACAGAGAGAAGAUGACCCAGAUCAUGUUUGAGACCUUCAACAGCCCCGCGUUCUACGUCGCAAUCCAGGCUGUAUUGGCUCUCUACGCCUCCGGCAGAACCACUGGAAUCGUAAUGGACUCUGGAGAUGGAGUAACCCAUGCUGUCCCCAUCUACGAGGGAUACGCUCUUCCUCACGCCAUCAUGCGUCUUGACCUGGCCGGAAGAGACCUCACCGACUACCUCAUGAAGAUCAUGACAGAGAGAGGAUACUCCUUCACCACCACCGCUGAGAGGGAGAUUGUCAGGGAUGUCAAGGAGAAGCUCUGCUACGUCGCUCUGGACUUUGACCAGGAGAUGGCCACAGCCGCCAGCUCCAGCUCACUGGAGAAAUCCUACGAGCUCCCAGACGGACAGGUCAUCACUGUUGGAAACGAGAGGUUCAGGGCCCCAGAGGCUCUCUUCCAGCCUGCCUUCCUCGGAAUGGAAAUUCCUGGAAUCCACGAGAGCACUUACACUUCUAUCAUGAAGUGCGAUAUUGACAUCAGGAAGGACCUGUACGCUAACUGUGUCCUCUCCGGAGGAACCACCAUGUACCCUGGUAUCGCUGACAGGAUGCAGAAGGAGAUCACCGCCCUGGCUCCACCCACCAUGAAGGUCAAGGUCAUUGCUCCUCCAGAGAGGAAAUACUCCGUCUGGAUUGGAGGAUCCAUCCUUGCUUCUCUCUCCACGUUCGCCAGUAUGUGGAUCACCAAGGAAGAGUACGACGAAGCUGGUCCUAGCAUCGUCCACAGGAAAUGCUUCUAAAGAUCGUGUUUCACUGACCGGCCGCCACUGACA